GUCGCGCCUCCCUCGUCAGCGCGACUCGGGCUCGGCUCUCUGCCGCUCGCUCAUGGCCAAGGGCGCGCGGCACGACCUCAAGGGCAAAGGCAAGGCCCGCGAGCGCUCGUACGGCAAGGCGCGCGACCGCACGAGGGGGGACAAGCCCCGGCUCAUCGAGGACCCAGAGCUCGAGGAAAGGGUCCUGUCGAGCCAGCUCAAGGAUGCGGGCCUCUACGCGGCCAACAUCCUCGGCGAUGGCAACUGCCUCUUUCGCGCACUGUCCGACCAGCUGUACGGCUCGCCGAGCAUGCACCAGGCCAUCCGGACCGAGAUCUGCAACUACCUGGCCAGCCACCCGGACAAGUACCGCCUCUUUGUCGACGAGGACUCGGUCAAGGGCGGCUUCGACGGUCACGUUCGCGAGAUGCGCCAGAACGGUACGUACGGCACCAACAUCGAGCUGUCGGCGUUUGUCGCACGAUACCGCCGCCCCGUCAAGGUGUACCAGCCCAACCUCGUCUACGUCCUGCCCGUCGAGGAAAAGGGCCCGUCCACCAGCGCGUCGUCAUCCUCGCCACCGCCUCCACCAGCACCGUCACUCGCCCAAGCAGGCGACGGCGACAAGCUGACGCCGAGGGAAAGGCGGCUCAAGGCGCGCCAGGACAAGCUCGGCGCCAAGGGCAAGGGCAAGCAGCGCGACGCGGCGGCGGCAGCGGCGAGCGACAAGGUCGAGGCGGCUUCACGUCCUGCGCCAUCUGCGCCCGAGCCGUUCGACGACUCGCCCCUGUGCAUCGUCUACCACUCGUGGGAGCACUACUCGAGCCUGCGCAACAUCAGCGGGCCGCACACUGGGCCUCCUCGUCUGCGCGUCGGUCGGGUCAACUCGCCGGCGGUCAACAACGGCGGUGCUGCUGCUUCGAGCGACGCGCGGCAGGACGACGAGUCGGCCGAGCGCGGGCCUGCGCGAGACGUCGACGAGGAGGAGGAGGAGGAGAAGGUCGAUGAUGAGCGCGACGAGGACACGACGAUGGACGAGUCGCAGGACACGGUCGCUCCGCCUCGACGCACGCCUCGUGGCUCGCCGCCGACCGACCACCCGCUCCCGGCCGUCCGCACCGCCCUCGCUCGCGCCCGUCCCUCGGCCGACGGCCCAGCCCCAGCCGAGUCGUCCGGCGUCCUGCCGCAGCCGAGCAUCCCCAUCUUCCCUCCCUCGGACUCGUCCGCCUCGCCUUCUUCGCCGCCGUCGUCCUCGGCGUCGUCCCCUCCUCCUCCCGCCGGCAGCGCCGACUCGACGACCCGCCCGCCCAAGCACCUCCUCGACCGCUCGCUGUCGCAGCCGCGCUCGUACUCGCCCCUGUCGAUCUCGAGCUCCUCGUCCGCCGCGCCUCCGACCACGUCCGACCACGACGACGCCGAGCUCGACGUCAACGACAACGACCGCGCCGGUCCGCGCACGCGCAGCCGGCUCGCGUCGCCGGCGAGCGGCAGCGUGCGCAGUGCCGCGAGCAGCAGCAGCAGCAGUGGGACGUCGACGGGCGUUGCGAGCUCGGCUGCUGUCGCCGAGGACGACGAGGACGCGAGCGAGUCGAGCUCGCGAGCGUCGCCUGCUGCGCCCGCCGCGUCGUCCUCGCCGGCGCCGCCAGUGCCUGCGACGCGCGGCAAAAGUCGCGGCAAGGUGCCACCGCCGCCGAGGGAGCGUCGCGGGCCGACGAGCAGCGAGAAGAAGGAGCUCGCGCGCGUGCGGCGCCUCGAGCGGCGGCGGGCCAAGGGCGGGCUCGGUCGAGCGGGCGACGGCGACGACGAGGGGCGCGUGCUGCGCAGUGGGAGGCGCACGAGCGGGGCGGGCGGGCAGCGGCAGGUGUCGCAGCAGCAGGCGGACGCUGGGCUCGGCAAGGUGCGCGAGCUGUUCAUCUGAGGCUCGCCGCAGGCCCUUCCCCCCUGUCUCUCACUCUCCCUCUCCCUCUCCCUCGUUCCCUUAGUCGUCCUGUCCGUGUCCUCCCUUAUCGUCGUACCUCCUCGCACCCCACCCUCGUUCCCCGUCGUCCCUUCCGUUCCCUCCUGCACCCCCUCUCGCUCACGCCCCCCUCGCCCUGUUCACGACCGCUCGUUCUUCUCUCGCAAUGUCUUCCCUGCAAUCUGUCACGUGUCUUCUCUCUCUC